GUUGCAUUCAGUCGUUCCUCCACAGACAUUCGUCUAAAGGCUCAACCGAACGGUUAGCAGCGAAUAGAUCGAGCGACAUCAUGCCACCCAAAGCGAGCGGCAAAGCAGUGAAGAAAGCCGGCAAGGCUCAGAAAAAUAUCAGCAAGACCGAUAAGAAGAAGAAAAGGAAGAGGAAGGAGAGCUACGCUAUCUAUAUCUACAAAGUCUUGAAGCAGGUGCAUCCCGACACCGGAAUCUCCAGCAAGGCGAUGAGCAUCAUGAACAGUUUUGUUAAUGAUGUUUUUGAGCGUAUUGCCGCUGAAGCAUCCCGACUGGCGCAUUACAAUAAGCGUUCGACGAUCACGUCUCGGGAGAUUCAAACGGCAGUUAGGCUUCUGUUGCCCGGAGAACUGGCAAAGCACGCCGUGAGUGAAGGCACCAAAGCAGUCACCAAAUACACCAGCUCUAAGUGAAUGAUUGCUCUCCAAAUCAACGGCCCUUAUCAGGGCCACAAAUUUCUUAUACGUUUGACAUUCACGUUUUGCAAUUUUAUUAUUAAAUAUAAAUAUGUACACAUCCAUUUACAAACUAAACUAUUAACUCACUUUAAUUGAGUUUGACUUGGAGGUAAUUCUUUAUAAAAUCCUGACAGGGAAAGAGAACCUUUAGGAAUAAAAAUAUUAAGAAUCUACUUUUGCACGAGUUUUUUUAAACAAAUUGUGGCUAAUUAAAAAUACUUUCUAUAGGAAGUUUUUAAUAUCAAUUUUUUAUUAAAAAAAAAAAAAACUGAAGAUAACUUAAAUUUCUCGUAAAACAUGAAUAUAGUGACAGUAUAUGUUAAAAUUAUAGACUUUUAUCCGGUAAAGAUUAUAAACAAGUUCGUAUCAUUUAAAUGAAAAAUUAUAAAAGUUUUCUGUUUUAAGAAGUUCUAUAGAGUUCUAUAGUUCCACCUUUGCUGAAUCACCACUUGAAUCUCUAUUUUAUCAUGAAAAGCGCAUGUCCUGAUUGUAGUGAAAGGCCAGUUCGAUUUUAGCAUUAUUGGCAUCGGUCGGAAACUUUUCCCGUUAUUGAGUGUGUAAACAUAUGUUAAAUAUAUAUUAAUAUAUCUUGUAUCGUAAUCAACAUCAGUUACAUGUUUGAAUUUUCACGAA